CACUUUUCUGGUGAAACAAGAACGCAGAAGUCCACCUCUGGCGUGCAGUCUAUCUUCAGCUCUAACUUUCCAAAAUUGGUUUCAUUGUGGAGAGGGCUUUGAAAAAUAUUUUGGACAUUACCAACAUGGACGCAUUUCGAGUAUUAACGUUGUAUUUGCUGCUCAUCUUCAUUUGGAAUAUACCAUGUUUUCAGUCAGCUGCUAUUAUAUCUCCCUCAGUACCAAGGAGAAACAAGGGAGCCAGCAUCAUUCAUGAUGGACAUAGGUCAACCAAAUUUCUAAAAAAGAUCUUUGCAUCCUCUCCUAGCUUAAGCAUUCACCGAGAAGACUUUAAGGACGCAGUUGUGCCCCACGAUUACAUGCUCUCCAUAUACAGGACGUACUCUGCUGCAGAGAGACUCGGACUAAACGCAAGUUUUUUCCGCUCUUCAAAGUCUGCUAACACCAUAACAAGUUUUGUGGACAGAGGAACAGACGAUCUCUUGCACUCUCCUUUGCAAAGACAAAAGUAUCUGUUUGAUGUCUCAACCCUUUCAGACAAAGAGGAGCUGGUUGGAGCUGAAUUAAGGAUUUUCAGAAAAGUGCCCGGGGAUUUCCAAGCGUCCCCGACAAGUCUGUAUGACAUCCAAUUACUCUCCUGUCGAUCAGAACGGCUACUGGAUUCCAGAUCCCUUGACCCUCUGGAUUCCCAAAAACCAGGAUGGGAGGUUUUGGACGUGUGGGGAAUGUUUAAAAACCCGCAUCACUCAGCCCAGGGUGGCCAGAUAUGUCUCCAACUCAAGGCCACUCUUGGUAAAUCAGAAACGGAAGUCGAUUUAAAACAGCUGGGAUUUGACAGAACCGACCGAACCCAGCAAGAGAAGGCCAUCUUGGUGGUUUAUACCAGGUCCAAGAAAAGAGAGAACCUGUUCAACGAAAUGAAAGAGAAGAUCAAGUCACGUGGAUCUGAGAGCCAGUCGGACGAGGAGAGGGGCCUGCAGUUUAAAGCCAGACGCAGACGUAGGACUGCAUUGAACAAUCGUCAUGGGAAGAGACAUGGCAAAAAAUCAAAAUCUAGAUGCAGCAAAAAGGCUCUGCACGUGAAUUUCAAAGAGCUAGGGUGGGAUGAUUGGAUCAUUGCGCCUUUGGAUUACGAGGCGUACCACUGCGAGGGCGUGUGCGACUUCCCAUUGAGAUCGCAUUUAGAGCCAACAAACCAUGCCAUCAUUCAAACUCUCAUGAAUUCCAUGGACCCAAAUAGCACACCACCUAGCUGUUGUGUUCCCACCAAACUAAGUCCCAUCAGCAUUCUUUACAUAGACUCGGGCAAUAACGUUGUGUAUAAGCAGUACGAGGACAUGGUUGUUGAGCAGUGUGGCUGCAGGUAGCGUCUUGGCAACUCUUGAAAGUAUUUAAACCCCGUAAAAUCAAAGAUAAGUCAGUCGGUACAGCUUAGAGUUUGAAAGCUUGGCUACAACUGUCCAUGGCAUAUCUGAAGCAUAUAGACCCAUGCGUCUGGCCAUAUCAUGGUGCGGCUAAACUUAACUCAAAAGGGAUCCGCCUGAGGUGUUAUUUGUAGUGGUGGCCUGUGCAAGCAUGCAUAUUUAUUUUUGUCCAAAUUAAAGUCAGUAAAAUCUUUCAUAGCUUUCGAUGUUCAAUUGCUGUCUUCAUCUACAUGCCCAGAAAACCUUUUUCAUCCAUUUGACACGUUUUCAAUAGCACGGUCAAUUGUUUGCCAGGCCCUGACAUGGAUUGAGAGGCUGUCAUAACUCCUUUGCCUAUAUCCACCGUGGAGGGGUGGGCAUCAAAAUGGCUCAGGCGUGGCCAAUCAUUAUUAUAUUGACAUUCACAUGUCAAUAUAAUAAAAUAGAUAGUUGUUAUAUAGGCCAUUAUAACGUUAACGUCUGAGGAAACGUAGAAUUGUUGGUCUUUCAUUCGUGGACUGUGUCCAAAAUGGGCACAGUGGAAUGCACCUGUUCAAACUAGGCCGCAGUCACGGGAUAGCCCUUGUGCAUUGUUGCAGCUCCCUGCUACGGUUUUGCAAAGAGGACUCAUUUGUUGCGGGUGUUUCCAGGCUCACUGCCAGUGACCAGUCUAAACUACCCAGCUCUUCUGAUGCGUUAUCAAUAGGCCGUAGCCCCCCUCCCUCUCGAAAGGUGAAUGUAAUCUACCAAACACAAUGGGGUCUGAGGAAAAGAGAUAGCGCGGGUAUGCCUAGAAGAGAUUUCCCUGCGCCUUGCUUCCUCUGAAUCGCUCCUAAGUCAUCACAGCCGGGGGAAUCGAAUGUAAGACUAAACAGACAAGUAAAACUAUUGGAUCUAUGGAAAUUGGCAUUCGUAUUGUGCCUGCCCUUGACAGCUGACUGACUUGUUGGAGGCACCGUGAAAGGCGACUUGGAUGCACACAGGAGCACGCGAGGACACUAGAAGCCACCGUUAAAUAAUUAAGACAAAUAUUUGCAUCGUCAACGUCUGCAUCUUUACAAAAUGCACUUCCACAACUGACUGCGCCUAUGUCAUGUAGUCAGGAUGAACGGCUUUUUCAUGAUACAUCGACUGACCAGAAAUGACUCGCAAAGGAGAUGAUAUUUAAAUGCACAUUAGCUUUGAAUGCACUGCUGUUCAUUAUUUGAGCUGUACAUAUUUGUAUAGUUAAAACUUUACAAGUGCAACGAAUGGAGAAAUGACUAAAUGCAUUUCUUUGUAAAUGUACAUACCUUAAAUGCACUCAAAUCGUUAUAAUUUCUAUUCUAUAAUAAUUUUAUUAUUUGUGAUGUACAGAGUUUCAUGAUAAUCAUAUAUUUCUUACAUUGAUAAGAGUAAUUUAAGCUGUAUCCAAUAUUUGUUUUUGCUGAGGGUGGAAAUACCAUUAUUGAUGUCUACCUCAUAAUUACCUAGGUCCUGAGUUCUGAGGUGCAUUCAACUAGUGUUACGUUUUUUUCAAUGAUAUAUGAAAUUAUACGUUUAUAUACAUACAUAUUAAUGGAUACUAUUCCACACCAUUACUGUACUAAUAAAAUGAAAAAAAAAUGAAAAAAAAUCCACUUCCCUUGUAUUCCCAUGACUCUAUUCCCCGUGUAAUUUGACAGAAAUCGGUGAACUGCCCAUCUGUGUGACAAAGGGAAAACAUCACUUUGAAGUGAUAUGUAACUCUACGUCCCCCCUAGUGAAGUUACAGAUCUGCAACUCACUAAUUACAGUACUUUUAACAUUGUUGGAAGCCAAGAUUUAAUAGAUUCAGACAAGGAGGAUUUGAAUAAUGGUAAAAUACACACUUCUAUUUCAGCUUUGGGUAUUUUCCGAAAAAUUAAGUAAAAAGUUAAGAGUGUCCCCAUUUAUGUUUGCAUUACAAGUGACUAGAAAAAUUCUCGUUUUCCCCUUGGUUUCAAAACUUGAAUGGGAUAUCCUGUUUGUUUAUAUAUUGUUGACAUUUCUCAAACAUUUUCAAUUAAUUUCAAUCUUAUGAGAUAAC